AAAAGCAAGAAAAAGUGGUGAGUGAAGGGGAGAGAGAGAAGAGAGAAGAGAGAAGAGGAAAUGGGAUCGGGAAAGGGAAAACACACGGGAGAGUUCUUCAGGAGAAGGGAUGAAUGGAGGAAGCAUCCGAUGCUGACGAAUCAGCUGCGUCACGCCACCCCUGGUCUCGGCAUCGCCCUCGUCGCCUUUGGCAUCUACCUCGUCGGCGAGCAAGUCUACAACAACCUCUAUGCGUCUCCUCCUUCUCACGUCAAAUCCGGGAACCACCACUAAAAGUAUUCGACUUCGACUUCGACUUCGAUUCCAUCGUCGCUUUUUAAUAAACUUUGCCUUCAUUUCAUGAAUCUAUAAAUUCCAGACUAUGCUACUCAGUAUGCCUAAAUUUUAAUUUUAUGCCUUCUCGUAUUCACUAUUUACCUCUUUCA